UGUAUUUAGGAGUUCAUUAAUUGGUAUUCAGGAGCAUGUUUUAACACCACAUUUAGAGUUAAAUGUUAAGAAAGUGUGUCAUGACACAACCCUGGUUUAGCAGCACGAAGUAGUGUUGCUAACUUGGCGACUCCGUCAACAGAUUUAGCUACUUUUUUCCAAGAAAGCAACAGGUGCAAAUGUAGUGACUUUUCCUGGCAUUGUUGGAAACUUUUAGAGACUCAAUGUUAAUGUUAAUCCCACUGAAUCAAUAUCACGUUUGCACCCUUAAUUAAUAUUGAACACAUUUUUACAUUCCAACAAACUACCAUUACGUUGAUCAGUGUUUGCUUGAGUUAAGCCAUUGACUCUUAACUUUCACUAUUGUUUACUUCCUGAUCUUUACUGUCUGUAUUCUGCAGGCUUUAUACAGUGUACCACACACUGAAAAAUGUAAGGCAUUAACAGAAAUGUGUUAAAGAGGAGGGGGUUGUGGGUGUUUUAAGGUGAUAGUUUUAGACUAGUUCCUUGACAUAAACCACAUUUUCAAGAAGACAAUGCUACAGUCAGACAAACUACUGAGUGAGAUUAUCUACUGUAAAACCCUCAUUUAAACUCACUAGAAAAUCAAAAUGAAGAUCUGCUAUGUUGUGCACAUCUGCAUGUUUCUGACAGCAAUUAGAGUUUCAACAACAGAUGAGAUUGAGAUGCAUGGAUACAGUGGAAAAAAUGUCAUCAUUUCAUGUCACCAUGAGUGGGCUUCAACCAACUUAAAGUAUUUCUGCAAAAAUCCAUGUAAUGAUGGAGAUAUUCUAGUAUCAUCUGAUCGGUCACCUAACGGAAGAUUCAGACUGAAAGAUUUUGGGAAUGGAGUGUUCAGAGUGAACAUCACUGAUCUACAGGAGUCAGACUCUGGGAUUUACUGGUGUGGAGUGAGCAGAUUGUUUCAAGACACAUAUCACAAGGUCAAUCUGAGAGUAUUUAAAGCCAUUACACCAACUUCCACCACAUUAGACACAACUCAACCGCUUUCUACAGCAACAUCACAACCAGAAACUCCAUUUGCCAAAACAAGCAGAAUCUCCAGAUACUCAACCCCUGAUGACAUCACAACCUCAUCCUCACUGACGGCAGCUGUAAACGUCCCACUGUAUGCUAUUGGCAGUGUGAUUGCAGUCAUCGUUCUUAUAUGUGUACUGGUUGCUGUUUAUCAGUACAGGAAGAGAAUCAAGACAUCUGAUCAUGUAUAUGCAAAUGGUCUUCAAGCCACAUUGAACAACAGACAAAUAAAAUCUAAGAAGUUGAACCCUAAAAUAUCAAAGAGCAUCGAACGUUUAGUCUCUGAGAAUUUAACACUCAACACAGGCCAGGCAGAUGACAUCUAUCAAAAUCUUUGAACCCAGCACCAGACCAUGACAUUCAAAGGACAGUACAGGUCUAAAAAGACAUUACAUCCAUUCAAGGGACUGUCCCCUCAUAUUUUUGAUAUUCAGAUAAUUUUUUUUUUAUCUUCAAACCAGGGCCGGCACUACGUAUAGGCAGAGUAGGCAAAUGCCUAGGGCCUCAAGCUUGGAGGGGGGCCUCCAUUACCGCUAAAUCCAUGUGUGCUAGUCCGACAAUCACUACUGACAGUAAUAAAUAAAGUUUUAAGGUGAGUUCGACUUUAUGCGGCGCUGCUGCCGUAAGAACCGCAGGCGGAUUACAUCAAAGUAACACAAGAACGAUUGAUAAGCAGACUCCUCUGUAUAAUUUCUCAAUUCGCUCUUGCGGUGUUUUGAUGUUAUCCACCUAUCGGGGCUUGCAGCGCCGCAUGAAGUUAAAGAAGCCUAGAUGAAUAUCAUUCAAAUCUCUGCAGUUGACCGACUUUGAAUGACGUUAAAAGCAGCUAUCACGUCCUUUGAUUCCUGCUAAGCGAAAGCGGCAUGCAAAGACAGUUCAGCACAUGAUGAAUUUUGAAAUAAUGCGUUUUAAAAAUAAACUUGGCUUUGUUCUGUGUAUCAACGUCAUUUCAGGACAGAUCAAACUUGAGUGCUGCUGACUCUGUUUAGACACUAUGAAUGCGUGUACACGGUAGCAUCGCGUGGGGAGCUGACUAUCAAAAUAGUCAAGUUAAAAAAGUUUGUAUUUAAGGUCAAACAGCAAACAAAAGUGCCGUUACCUAAAGUAAACUGUCUGUAUAUCUUGUAAGUCCUCUACACUUUAUUUUAGUUUUCAAAUCAUGAAAACAUGAUGCAUAUUUAUAAAAAAAAAUAUAUAUAUAUAUAUAUAUAUAUAUAUAUUUAAAUAUUCUCCCUAGCAGUUUGUCUGUUUAACUUCCAGUGGCAGCUGAUUUGUAUGGAUAUUUAAGGUAUAAAAAGGUGCUGAAAUACAUAUAAAUAUAUCCAUAGUCUAGAAAACUUUAUACUGUAUAUUGGUUCAGUAAGAGGGGAAUUCAUCUUUUCACCCAGCUAAAAUAAAAAUCAAUAGAAGUUUUCUAGGAGUUGUUCAUCUGUAGUUUAUACAGUUAGGGUUUUUGCAAUGUAGUGUUGUCUUUUUAAUUAUACUCAUUGGAAAAAGCAAAACUGUUAUCAUCCUGUGUUUUCCAAAAAGGUGGUGUUUUUAAUAAAUUACUGCAUCCACAACAACAACAACAAAUUUGACCUGCCUUAAAAUGUUUAACACAUGUGGUUUCGCAUCAUUUCUAAUUAAAUUUUAAAAAUAAAUUGAAUCAAUUUGUUACCUUGAUAAGCAGAAAAGUAUGGGGGAAUUUUUUUUAAUUACUGUAGUGCUUAAAUGAUUUCUUACAGAGUAGAAAAAAAAACACUUUCUCAGAUUAUUCUGAAAAUUAAGGGGUGUGAGGGGCCUCCAACAUAAAUGUUGUCUAGGGCCUCCAAAUAUCUAGAACCGGCCCUGCUUCAAACUAAUUUUACUAUAACACAAAGAUAACCCAAGAAAAUUAAAAAUGCAGUUUUUAGGUCAUGAUUUUAUUUAUUAAGAGAAAUAGGCAUCCAAACCAAACUGGCCCUGUUUGAAAAAGUAAAUUGCCCCCUAAACCUAAUAACCAGUGUGACUCCCUUGGUGGAGACAACUAUAGUACAGUAAGUCAAACUGGAAAAGAGUAAUUUUGGCA